AUGGAGCAACCUGGGAUUUGUUCUCUCCCCAUAGCAGAGGUGUGGAAUGAUAAAUUACAUUCCACCAAUGGUGCAUUUAAUCCAAUCCCUGCUACCAGUUCUGUAUGGGAUCUCAGACAUGCUAACGGGACAACUAAUCAAGCAAAGGAUUCUAAUAACUCUACUCGUGUGGCAAUAAAUUCUCAUCAAGGGCCAGAAGAUACUAGCAGACGUAAUCAAUGUAAGAACAGAUUUAGUCCUCAGCUCACCUUCCGGAGGCGUGUUAAAAGGAAAAUUAAUUUGGACAAGCCAGCAGAGAGGAACUAUACGAAUGAUAACGGCAAAGAAUACUCAACACUGGCAUGUAACCCACAAACUUUACCAAUUAAUGCUACACCCUUGCUCAAAGUAACCGAUGCCGAUUUUUUGGAUACUGUAGAUAAGGUAGCUAAAGAAGGAACAAGUACUGGACUAACCGUAUCAGCUCAACGCUUGCUUGACGAAAAAAGUUCACGCAUGCUAAAAUCUACAGUGCAGCAUACGGUUUCCACACGGCAUAUUGAAGAUGCAAGAGCGGAGGACUGGAGCAAAACUCUAGGUCGUGUUGUUGAAGCAGAAGAAGCUGUUGAAGUGAAGGAAUUACAUGAUGAUCCUCCAGAAUCCCAAGGUUCAACAAGACAUAUUCCAAUCAUUGUCUUGGACGGUGAUAAUGGUGAAAGGGCCAGGGGUAAACUGUCGGCAAAUUCAAAGGUGGUUCAGGAGGAAAACAAAAUCAGAUUUAAUUUAGGGAAGAUCAACCUGAAUUCUGUCGAAUUACCUCAAGAGAGGCUUCUCGGCCUGGAUGACUCAUCUGUUCAAAGGAUGCCAGAUCAGGAUCAUUUUGUUACUGGACAAAAACAAGUUUCUCAACCAAUUGAAAGGCUAUUUUUUACGAAGGAGAAAGAUGCUGUACAUGGUAAAGAACAACAUCAAGAGGGAACACCAGCAUUGCAUACCUUAUACACAAAUUUGCUGACAGAAAGGAUCAGCACAUACUCCUACAAAAGACACCAGGUUCCCUGGUUGGAAGAAGAGUUAGAUUUUCUGUGGAUUGGAGUGAGGAGAUAUGGAACGAGUAACUGGAAUGCAAUGCUGAGGGACACACGGCUACGAUUCUCAAGCUCAAGAAUGUCUGAGGAUCUUUCUGAACAAUGGAGCAAGGAGCAAAAGAAACUUCUAGCUCUGGACCUUCAAUCAAUCAGAGCAUCUGCUCUAGGUUCUACACCGCCUCCCCAUAUAGCAGAUUAUGCUGGAAGCAAUUCCUGCACCGGAAGCUCAAAGUCUCCAUUUCUUGCAGCCCAAUCAGACCUUUCCUUGGGCGAGGUGCACCUUCAGAAUGCUCAUGCUUUGGAUAGAGGCCAACAUUAUUUGUCAAGCCUUGGCAGGUUUAACCUUCAUGGAGUCAACAAUGUGCCAAGAAAUUUGCCUUUGGGAGGCUUACCAGGAGCUUCUUCCUCACAGGGAAGAAAUGGUAGCAGGCGUAGGAAGACAACCAAGCUUGAAAAGUCAUACUAUGACAACAGGUCACACUGGUGCCAAGAACUACCAGAGAGGACGUCGUCUAAGCUACUUCCCCUCAACCAACAACCAAUCAACAGCCUUUCUCAGUGGCUUACCAAGGGCGCCGACAACGGUAAAAGCUGGCUCAACCCGGAGAUGUGGUCGAGCGCGUCGCAGGCGCUAGGCCAGUCCACUGCAGUUCCACUGCAUGACAGCCUGAGAGGUGCCGCCUUUCUGUACCCUGACGACAAGAAACCACAUGCCAUGCCCGACGUCUUUGAAGCUGGCGCUGAAGUGGAAAGCGUAGUGGCGCAGUCUGGCAAGAAGCUUUUCUGGAUGAGCGGUGACACCUUGGUUCUAAACCAGAGGGCCGCUGCUAUGGCGGCAGGGCCAAGCGGCGCCAACCCGAGCAACACCGGCGCAUUGUCUGAAGAGACGGUGUCAGAUAGCUGA